AUGGCAGAGAGCCUCCCGGAGGGCCCAGCCUUGUAUCCAGGGGAGGUCUUUGACACGAUUGCCGGGUUCCCGACCAUAUACCAUUAUCAACCACCGGCCGGGGGAAAAGAGGCCAGCAGCAAUAACAACGAACCCAAACCCAAACCGCUGAUAGUCUGCGUCACGGGCGGCCUACAUCUGGCGCGCAUCUUCUAUGGCGGACACCGAGGAUCACGCCCGGACGACUUUUUGGCCUUCUGGCUCAGCAAGCUUGGCUUUGGAGUGCUGUCCUUGUCGUAUCCCCUCGAGACGGACCCCCCGAUCAUGCCAACGACGGCGGCGCAUUUCCGGAUCGGAGAUUGGGGUCGACAGGCGGCGCUGACGGCGAAGAAGGUUUUGGAGGAAAACGCAACGGCGUUGGAGACUCGAUCGGUUGUCCUCAUCGCCUGGAGCAUGGCGGGCAGGAUGGUGGUGCCGUUCAACAUCUCGGCCACGGAGCAAGGGCUGCAUGUCCAGCAAUUCAUCAGCUUCUCAGCCACGCCCGGGUUUUCGAGUAUCAGGCUGCUUCCGCCCGGCAUGACCCCUACUCCUGUCGGGUAUUUCCACCUCAUGCCUCAUAUCGAAGUGUUUUGCCAGCAACUGGACGAGAUGAAGAACUUGUACAACAGCCGCAAACGUGACGGUGACGGUGACGACGGCGACAGCGGUGGUGGUGAGGGAGAUGGAGACAUCAUUCCCCGGGAUGUAUAUCUGCGAGAAUACAUCGGAGCGACACCAAUCAACCUGAUCGGACUGAGGUUGUUGUACGACAGACGAAACAAGGGGUUUGUUCGAGACGACGUGCCCCACGAGGAAGACUCUCGGGUCUUGGACGUGGCCAACUUCCCUCUGAUAUCUUGCCUAUACCCGAUCAGUAUCCUCGAUGCCAGCCACGCCCUGGCAGACAAGGCGAGCUGGGGUUUCUUGUUGACGUACAAGCUGGAAACCAUGAUUGGGAAGCAAGGGUUGCUGAAUGUGCAGGGCACGCCCAAGUGGCGGCAGCUGUUGGAUCUGGUCCAUUCCGCCCCGGAGAAGUUGUUGCUCCCUGCGACGGGCAACCACUUCUUCUUCGUCGGCCAUCACUGUGCCCGAGAGACGGCAGACAGAGUGGCGGGACUCCUCGACGAGGGGACUGCGUUGCGAAAGCUUCUAUCUGACCUCACUGGCACAUCAUCACAGGCUUGA